AUGGAUAGAGAAGUCGCCGCCCUUGUUAUUGAUAACGGUUCUGGCAUGUGCAAAGCUGGGUUUGCCGGGGAUGAUGCACCCCGUGCGGUUUUCCCAUCUAUUGUCGGACGCCCACGUCAUCAAGGUGUAAUGGUUG